AUGUUCGGUGUCUCAGAUAUCGCUUCCUACAUUUUAUAUCCCGAGGCGUCUUAUAUCUCCCUGGUCUUGCGCCUUAUAUUAUAUCUCCGAGGUGAUUUCAGUCCUGGUAUGCACGACGAUGGAGCAGAUAUGAAUAUGGUGAGACACUGUUUUGUAUGCAGGCAGCCGGAGACCCUGAUCCAAGGUGAAAGCGAGCAGAGUCUUAAACACAAACAGGUAUCAACCGUACACACCGACCCAUCCCGUGUCUGCACUGACUGUGUGUGCUGCUUGUGCAGCGUUCCAGGUCUUUGAACGUAGGCAACCAGCGGUCAGAACCGUCCUUGUUCAUCAGCCAAGUGGGAUAGAUAUGCCUCUCUCCUCACGAAUCAGGUGCGUCACCCACUGAAGACCCGCACACCCACUGAAGCUCUCUCGUGAUCGUCCUUCAUGUGUGUGUCUGCGUGUCUGCGUGUGUGCGUGCAGGGAUUGCUACCAGUCGACGCCAAGCAGCACAAGCUGAGGGACGAGUGCCUCAAGGCUGCGAGUGAGGCGAUGGGGAGGGACGAGGGCAUGGGCAAGGGUCACGCCUCGACCCAAACGAAUGUCGUCGCUGUUGAGGUGAGCAGGAAGGGAAGGCAGGCCACGGGAGAACCUCUGUGUCUGUCACCUUCAUCGGUUUCUGUGUUUCUGUAUUCCUUUCUGUGUGUCUGCAGAGUAGUGAGGCGCAAACAGAGGAGACGCCAUCGCCUCCUGAUGCCGUUGACGAGUCGCCUGCUGAGGACGUUGCUGAGGAGCAGCAGACCAAGAUCACCACACCCACCAACAAGGUACGCACGAGUGCGUGCGGUGUCCCUGUGUUGUCUUGCGCAAACCUCCCUCCUUCCCUGUGCGUGUGAUGUUCGGUAGAUUGCGCCCGUGCCGGUGUUGAGUGCGUGGCCGGCACCCACGCCACUCGCCCCGCCAUUUGCGCAGAUGCUGGCGGUAAGAUGCGUGAAUGCGCGCAAAUUGAUGGUGCAUGAGUACACGCUGAAGCUGUCUGCGUCACCUCUUCUCUGUCGUCAGAUCAAGCAGUCAAUGAUAGCGCUCAACAUGGCGCAGACUCAGGCCAACUACAACAAGAAGAUGCACCAGAUUCACAUGACGUAUCUCGCCAAGGUACGCGGACUCGUCCAGAGGGAUUAGGCAACAAAUCCACCACCAACCACACAGCAGAGAGUGUGUGUGCUGUCCAUUCGUUCCAUCAGGUCCGCGCGCUGGGACCGCCCCCCAUCACCACCCCACACACACUGCCACACGGUAAGAAGCUGCAUUGUAGAUGGAUGGACGCGUUUGCGUGGACGUGCGGUUGUUGUCGCUGCAUGCAGCUGGCAUGGUCCCGAAGAAGGUGUGCUGCCGAUAGCCUAGCGGGAUGGAUGCGUACGUACGACGUGAAGAGG